UUUAUUAAGAUUUUUUUUUUUGAUUUAGAGAUUUUUUUAUAUUAGGGUUUAGACUAACAAAUCUUAGAUCCUCAUUUAUUUUCUGAAUUUAGAGUUAUAUCAUCUCAUAAGUUAUGGAUUUGUAGAGUUGCAAUGGGUUUUCGGUGUAGUUCAUUAUUGUUGUGUUUUUUGUUUGUAAAUUAGGUUUUCUUGACUUCCAAAAUUGAUUUUGUUACAGGAAGAGCUGGGGUUCCUAUAGAAGUCAUGGGAUUGAGUUUGGGAAGUUUGUAGAUGAAUAUAUUGUUCGUGUGGUUGAUGUUUAUGCUAUGCCUCUGGGGAUGACUUUAUGUUGUGAAAGAAGUUGGGUGAAGGUGCUUUUGGAGUAGUUUAUAGAGUUUCUUUGACAGAGAAACCUUAGCUCAAGCUAAAAUAUUCAUUCAAUCUUUAGAUGGCGAUAGAGGAACUACUUCUAAGCACUCAUUUAUAUGAUUGCUGAUGAGGGCAGCAAUAGUGGGAACUGUGUGUGAGGGAAGUUGAAGUCCGUGCAGCUGGCAUUGGAAAUGAGAGUCACGAAAGUAGUUAGUAGUGACCUUUCUGGAAAUCCUGGAGAUUGUUUCCUUUGUUCUUGCAAACAUCCGGUGAACAAUUGCAGAAUUUCAUGUUGCAGAUGGGAUAUUAUGGCUCAAGCUAUCUUGCCAUACUGUCAAGCACUAGAGAAGUUCGCUCCUCAUAUCCAACAGUUUAACAUGGAGAGCAAAGGGAAGGGUGUGUCAAUUGACGGUGUUCAUCUUCCUUUCGAGGCAGGAGAAAUUGAUUUUGGUGAGCCAGAUUCGAACGGCCAACACAACUUUUACCAGUUAAUUCACCAGGUUGCAGAUAUGAGCAGUAAGUGUGACUAUUUACAAGGCUGGUUAUGAAGCAACAAGAAGCUAUACUUGUUUGAGCAUGUAGGUAAUGAAUGUUGAGGUUGUCUCCAGUCUUGUGCCUUUAAGAUUGUAUCUACUACUGCUAUUACACUUCACAUUACAACUGCAACUGCAGAAUUUCUAUAUUCUGAAAACUUAGGAAA